CAGAGCGCUCGCGACCGUGAUCGAAGGCGGAAGUGACGCAGCGGGCGAAUCCCCCUGUAGUUCCUGUCUUCCUGCUCACCGAGCCUGUGGAAGCCGAACCGAACCGAUUCCGAGUUUCUGCUGCCGUCCCGGGCGCACACAGCCAGGCGCCUCGACGCGGCCCCGGGGGUCUUCAUCUCCUCUCAGCGUAUCCACCUUAAGAGUACCUCAUGAGUGACUGGCAGUGCGACUUCUUCUGCUUCUUCCGCUGCUGCUGAGCACAGAGGCCUCUGGGAGUUGUAGUUUCCUGAGCGUUGAGUGCUGAUUGGUGGAGGGUGUCAGCGAGGGCGGGCUCCGGGGAAUGUCUGUGGACAUGAACAGCCAGGCCUCCGACAGCAACGAGGAUGACUUCGACCCCAACUCUGAGGAGGACGAAGGGGCAGAGGAAGAAGACCAGGGUGACAUUGUGGACUACUAUGAGGGCGUGGCCAGCGAUGUGGAGCAGGGGGCGGACGCCUUUGAUCCGGAAGAGUACCAGUUCACCUGUCUCACCUACAGGGAGAGCCAGAGAGUCCUGACAGAGGAGGUCAACAGUGUAGCCAGUGCCCUGAAGGUGCUGCCUGCUGUCGCAAAGCUGGUCCUUGUCCAUUUUCACUGGCAGGUGUCUGUAAUACUGGACAGGUACAAGUCCAACUCCUCCCAGCUGCUUUGCGAGGCCCAGGUCCAACCCAGCACCUGCAGAUCUGUGACAGCGUCCCCUCAGUCGCUGCAGUGUGGGGUGUGUCUGCAGCUGGUGCGAAAGGAUGCUCUGCUCUCCCUGCCCUGCCAGCACUCCUUCUGCAAAUCCUGCUGGGAGCAGCACUGCACCGUGCUUGUCAAGGACGGGGUGGGAGUGGGUAUCUCAUGUAUGGCUCAGGACUGCUCCCUCCAAAUGCCAGAGGACUUUGUGCUCCCCCUGCUCCCCAGCGAGGAGCUGAAGGACAGAUACAGACGCUACCUCUUCAGAGACUAUGUGGAGAGUCACUUCCAGCUGCAGCUGUGUCCAGGGGCCGACUGUCCCAUGGUCAUCCAGGUGCAGGAGCCACGGGCGCGCAGAGUGCAGUGCAGCCGCUGCAGCGAGGUCUUCUGCUUUAAAUGUCGGCAGAUGUACCACGCUCCUACGGACUGCGCAACGAUACGGAAGUGGCUGACCAAAUGUGCUGAUGACUCUGAGACGGCUAAUUACAUCAGCGCGCACACUAAAGAUUGUCCUAAGUGCAAUAUUUGCAUUGAGAAGAAUGGAGGCUGCAACCACAUGCAAUGCUCCAAGUGCAAGCACGAUUUCUGCUGGAUGUGUCUAGGGGACUGGAAGACCCAUGGCAGUGAGUACUAUGAGUGCAGCCGUUACAAGGAGAACCCUGACAUCGUUAACCAGAGCCAGCAGGCCCAGGCCAGAGAGGCACUCAAGAAAUACCUCUUCUACUUCGAGAGGUGGGAGAACCACAACAAGAGCCUGCAGCUGGAGGCUCAGACCUACCAGCGGAUCCAGGAGAAGAUCCAGGAGAGAGUGAUGAACAACCUGGGCACCUGGAUCGACUGGCAGUACAUGCAAAACGCUGCCAAGCUGCUGGCCAAGUGUCGCUACACGCUGCAGUAUACCUACCCCUACGCCUACUACAUGGAGUCCGGACCCCGCAAGAAGCUGUUUGAGUACCAGCAGGCGCAGCUGGAGGCGGAGAUAGAGAACCUGUCCUGGAAGGUGGAGAGAGCCGACAGCUACGAGAGAGGGGUUGGAGAGGGGGAGCUGAGCGCCAAUGACAGAGGGGAUCUGGAGAAUCAGAUGCACAUCGCCGAGCAGAGGAGACGCACGCUGCUCAAGGAUUUCCACGACACCUGAGUGUCCGUCUCUGUCGUCCCGAGCGACCCCCAGGAGCUUCUUCACUCCUUCAUCCAUCCCUCUCUUUGUCCUCUUCCUCUCGCUGUGCUGGAGUGUGGAGGCCUGGGUCUCCGAAUGGCACGAGCGCAUUAGUUUCACCUCCCACCCCCACCCCCCCUCUCCCCCAUCAUCUGCUGACAACAGCACCACCACAUUCUCACACACGCACACGCAUGCAGACACACAGGGAAAGGGACAGACACACAGGCAGACACACUGGUGAGCAGGAGAAGCAGACACACAUUCUAACUCUCCUCAUCUAAUCUCCCCUCCACCUUUAUGUCCUUUUACUUUUU